GCGAAAAAUAAAUUUUUUUUUAACCAAUGCAUAAGGAGAAGUAUCUAUUUAAAAAUAAAAAUAUUAAAGUAUUAUCCUUUUUGAUAAAAUACAAAUGGAAUUGUCUAGAACAAACACUUGCAAGUUUUUAUUUGCACAGACAAAAAAUUUUGAAGAGCAAUUACGAAACAUGUGCAGUUUAAAUGAAUUGUUUGCGGAAGACAUUCAAUUGAAACGAAAAUCGUUGAUAGAACUAUGUCAGAAGCUGAUGUUUUGUUUUUCUGAUGAUUUUGAACUUAAAAAAAAAGCUCGUGACAUCAUUUGGCGUAAAGGAUAUUAUGACAUAAUUUGUCUGACGAAAAGAUUUAUAGCCAACAAAAAAACGAAUGAUGAUGAAAUAUUGACUUUUGUUGAGACACUCAUUUUUGAAGGCAUAUCUUUGUUCAAAAAAAUGAUUUCAAAUUUUGAAACUGGCCUAAAAGAUAUUAUCGAUGAAAAGUUGAUAGAUGAUUUGCAAUUGAAAAACAGCAAUUUGUCCAAUGAAAGGACGGAAUUCGGAGAAACUAUAGAUAUAAAAGAAAAAAUAAUAUAUGCAAAUUUAAUAUCCAUAGGAGAUUUGCAUAGAUACCUAAAAGACUUACAUUUAGCUCCAGAUAUAGCAACCGACGAUAAGAUAGCUGUAUACUAUCUACAAGCCUUUAAGUUCAAUCCAUUUAAUGGUAUGGCUCAUAAUCAAUUAGGAACUUUAUACAGGGGGAAAAAUCACGAAAUUGAUUCUCUGUAUCACUACAUUUAUGCAUUGUCAUGCAAAGAUCCUUUUUAUUUAAGUGAAAAAAAUUUAAACAACAUUUUUUAUCUCAAUUCAAAGUAUCUUGAAUUAAAUAUUGACUCAAACAUUAAGUAUAUUUAUGCUCGGUUCAUACUUUUAAUCGAUAUUUUAUUUUACGAUAAAGUUGUUGACAAUUUUACACAUUUAUGUCAUUCAUUUUUAAUUGAUAUGAAAAAAAAAUUAAACGAUAUUGAUUCUGAGAUUUUAUUCAAAAUGACUUCAAUUUUCUUUUUAUGUCUUUAUAAACUAAUGAAAAUUAGUUCAAAAAAAGUACAUAGCAUAAACGCCUUGUUGGUAGCAUUCACUUCUGAUUUGUUAGAUCAUUGUAACUCGUCUGUAGAUACAUAUGUUUCUGAGAAUCAAAAACGAAAUAAUUUGUUUUACUUGAGCUACAACAAUGUUUAUGAUGCAAUGAAAGAAAAGAUUGAUUCCAGAGAUGAAGAAUGUGAAGUAACCAAAGAAAAAAAGAUUUUUAAAACUAUAUCUCGUCGACGACCUGUUAUGAAAAAUGAAUUAUAUAUAGAUCAUUCAGAUAUAGAAGAACAUCAUAAAUGCUAUAAUAAUUCUAGCACAGAUGAAUGCUCAAGCUUUGGAUCAUAUGAUUCACAUGAUUCAAUGAAAAGCUUUGGAGACACAGAUAUUAUUAUUUUAAAGGAAGAAUUAAUUUACCCUAUUAAUGAUGGAAGUCAUUCAGUUGAGAUUUCAAAAAACAAAAAAGAAACGGAAAGUUGUCAAAAUUCGUUACAGUUGCCAAAGCGUCGAAAUUCACAUUACAAAGUGGAUCCUAAUUUGAUAAUAGAAUAUUCUGCAAAAGAGAAAAGUUUGAAGCCUUUAAAGAUUAUUUUCGAUUGGAUGAUACUUAAUCCGGAUAUUUUAACUAAUUGUCAUCAGACAAAUCCAGAGCUAAUAUAUAAAAUAAUGCGUUUAGUCAAUUUUUUAAACAUUGAUAUUUUCUCAGAUGAGGUAUUUUUUGAUCGUUCCUUCAUUUGCCAUCCCGAUUUGCGUUUUGAAUUGCAAAAUUUAUUCGACAUUAGAAAGCAAUUUCCUUUGGAUGAAGACCAGCAGUUUAAACGUUUUGGUUUAUUUGAAAAAUUGCAGAAUAGUAUUGAUUGGAAAUUACCAUUAAAACUUCAGUUAACCUAUAAUGAAAUGGUUUUAUUACGAAUAGUUAAAAUAGUAGAUUUUGGUUUUCACUUAUGUGAUAAUACUGCAUUCAAUUAUUUUUUUUGUUCUAAAAAACGUAUAUUCACACAAAUGAUUGUGAAAAAUAAGAUAUAUAAAAAAACAAGAAAAGAAACAAAUAAAAGAAAUGAAACUGCAUCACACUCAAAACCUUUAAAAGAUAUCAAAGACAAAAAAACUAAAAAUGAAAAAUUGGCAACUCUUUGGUUAAAUAAUGAAGUUUGUAGUUUAGAGGACAAGAUAAAAAUGGAAAAGAAUAGCGAUCAUACUUUGACUCCGUAUGUUGUAAUUGAUACAAAAGCUAUAACAAUGUUUACAUCAAUAGUGAAAUAUUUAUUGAAGACAAAGCAGUUCGUUAUAUUAGUCCCUUUAAUUGUUAUAUCAGAGCUAGAUGGAUUAAAAAAACGAAAUGAGAAAGUUCGAAACAUAAUAAAAUGGAUAGAGCAACAAUUCUUAAAAGGAAGUCGUUUUUUAAGGCCUCAAAAACAAAAUGAAUGUUUAGAAUUAGAUAAGAUUAAAAAAAACAUGAUAAAUGACUCAGAAACUUUUUAUCAUAUUGUCAGUUUUUGUAAUUACGUGGUUGCAAAUAAUACAAAGGAAGAUCCCUAUAUUAUCACGUUUCUAACAGGGGAAGAAAUCAAUAGUGAAUUUCAAAGGAUGUUAGGCGAAAUACCUGUCUUACAUGAACAAAUUAAUAAUUUUUAUUUAAAAUUAAAAAAUAAGUAAAUAAACGAUUGAACAUAUUUACUAGUGUUUUUUUUU